GAUCCUCCCGCCCCUAAGGUGUAGAAAGUGAAGCAAGUCGUGAUCCAGGGAAGGAUCUCGCCAGCAGGCACAUGGUGCCGCUGUGUGGCCGCUCACAUCCGGCUUCCUCCUCGCUGCCUAUCGCUGUCUUUUCGUGGCGACCAUGACGGCCAAAAACAGAAAGCAAUCGGGGAAGAGUUCUUCCUCGCAGAGUGACAAAGGCGAUAAGAGCUCGCUGGUUUCUCCUGGAGGUAAAAGUGUCUCCAGGCGGGCUGGCAGAGAUGGCAAAGCUCACGGCGGUGGAAGCUCGCACCAAAACGGGCUAUCAGGCAUCAGGAACAAGCUGGGGCUGACCGGCUGCGGGGCGGCCCGGCUGGGAUUCACUCUCCUCCUCGCUACACUCAGCGGAUAUCUCCACUGGUAUCAUCUCACACAGCUCUUUGAGAACGACAGACACUUUUCACACUUGUCCAACCUGGAGAAGGAGAUGGCAUUCCGUACAGAAAUGGGUUUGUACUACUCUUACUACAAGACCAUCAUCGAGGCAGACUCCUUCCUGGAGGGCCUGCACAUGGUGAUGAAUGACCGGCUGACAGAGUACCCACUGGUUAUUAACACCCUCAAGAGGUUCAAUCUCUACCCAGAGGUUGUUCUGGCCAGCUGGUACCGGAUGUACAUGGGUGUCACGGGUUACUUUGGCAUCACUACCAAGAUGUGCUGGUCCAUCAACAGAGGAGAAGGCCUGACACCUGUGGACAGUUGUGAAGGCUUGGGCGACCCGGCGUAUUUCUACGUCAGCUGUGUAUUCUUGCUGAAUGGUGCGAUGCUGACCCUGUUCUUCCUGUACGGCGCCUACCUCAGUGGCAGCCGGCUGGGCGGCAUUGUUACCACGGUGUGUUUUUUCUUCAAUCACGGCGAGAGCACUCGUGUGAUGUGGACCCCUCCUUUGAGGGAGAGCUUUGCCUACCCCUUCCUCGUCAUGCAGAUGUUGCUCCUCACUUUCAUCUUGAGAACCCGGAACCCAAGCAGGAUGGCCUUGGCUGCUCUGGGCGUCUCCACGUUGUGCUUCAUGCUGCCUUGGCAGUUUGCCCAGUUUGUGCUGCUCACUCAGGUGGCUUCCCUGUUUGCUUCCUACAUCCUGGGUUACCUCAGUGCUGCUAAGAUGCAGUCCGUGUUGGUCACUCACAUGGUCACCCUGGCCGUCUGCUUCGUUCUGAUGUUUGGCAACUCCAUGCUCCUCACGUCCUUCUACGCCUCCUCGCUCGUCUCCAUCUGGGCUAUCGUUGUGUUGAGGGAUCGGUUUGCUCAGACCAAAACUGGCCUCGUCUUCUGGAUCAUGCAGGCUUUAGUUUGGGUGGGCUCCACUGUUCUGCUCAAAUUCUUGCUGUCCACAAUCCUUGGCGCUUCAGAUGACGCCCACAUCAGUGCCUUGAUUAAGUCCAAGUUCAGCAGCUACAAGGACUUCCACACGCUCAUGUACACGUGUGCUGCAGAGUUUAACUUCAUGGAGUGGGAGACUCCUACACGUUACUUGAAAACGUUGCUGCUGCCAGUCAAUGUGUUGUUGGUUGCUCUGAUUGCCAAGACGACUGUGCAGGAUGUCUUCCGCUCCCUGAGUGAUGGAGGGAAGGCGCCUGUCAGGAACAAUGAGGAUCAGGGUGACGAAGCUUUAAGGUGUGACGUCACCAAAGCUGAAAUGGCGUACCACAGCUUGCAGCUGGUGGCGUUCACUCUCCUGGCCAUCCUCAUCAUGCGACUCAAGCUCUUCCUCACGCCUCACAUGUGCAUCAUGGCCUCGCUGAUCUGCUCCAGACAGUUGUUCAGAUGGCUCGGGGAGAAGGUUAAGCACCGGGCCACUGUGAUCCUGGUACUGGCCCUGAUGGCGGUACAAGGAGUGGCUAACCUGCGUGCCCAGUGGAGCAUCAUUGGAGAGUUCAGCAACCUGCCGCAGGAGGAGCUGCUGGACUGGAUCCAGGAGAACACCGACCCCGACUCUGUGUUUGCUGGAGCCAUGCCCACCAUGGCCAGUGUCAAGCUGUCCACUGGUCGCCCCAUCGUCAACCACCCCCACUAUGAAGACGCUGGUCUGAGGGAGAGAACCAAGCUGGUCUACUCCAUGUACAGCCGCAUGUCUGCAGAGAGCGUGAAGCACAACCUGAACAAGCUGGGAGUGGACUACUUUGUUCUGGAAGAUUCUUGGUGCACCAGGAGGACCAGACCCGGCUGCAGCAUGCCAGAGAUCUGGGAUGUGGAGGAUCCCCAAAACGUGGGUAAAACUCCUCUGUGCACUCACAUGUCGAGGAACUCGUGGCCUCACUUCACCACAGUCUUUGCCAAUCACAUCUAUAAAGUCCUCAAAGUGGCCAAAGACGUCAGAUAACAGUGCAGGACCAAGCCAACUUCACUGUCACCACUGCUGCUCUUCACGUAGCAUAAACAUCUCCCUUUUUUGUCCAGCGAUGCAGGGGAAAGUUGCUCCUUCCUUUUUGUCACAUGGGCUCUGUUAUAGUGUCUCGAGAGAAACCGGUUACUUCAUUGGUUUUCAUGAUGUCUGCAUGCUGUGAAAGCAAUGCCUAAAAAAGACAAAAUACAACCUACCACUCAUUCUGCUGUUCUGUACAGUGUUAGCUUGUAUUUGUGUGCUCACGUGUACACAAGGUCAGUGAUGUUGUCUUCUUGUGUAUGAAGUACAUUGAUCAUGUGCACUACCUUUACACUUUGAUGAUCGAGCAGCACAAGUCCUGGGGGAGAUGGCAAAGCACCUCGUUCCGGUCAAGUAUUUCUUGUGUUGCAACAAUUGUCACCUUGUUUUUUUUCCUGUUACAUCUCAUACAUUAAUUGUAGCAGUGCUGUGCAUCUAAAUGGUAGCAGCAUGGCCUUUUGGAAAAUUGUCUUUUUUUUUUUUUUUUUUUUACUUGUAACAUGAGAUAGUCAACAUGUAUGAAGCUAAAAGGAGACAACUAGAAUUGUUGCAACAAGCUAAAGGGUUAGCCUUAAUGUGCCAAAGUGAGUGGUCGGACAAAUACAUCAAAGUUAAUUCUGUAAAAAAUGUACAAUGCUUUUUUAAUGAAAGUUUUAAAUCCCUUUUUAAUGCAUUUAUCAUUCCUCCUGCCGUGUAUGCGUGUUGCACAUGUCUUUUAUAAUGUUUGUAUUGAAAUAAAGGGUCAAAUUUUA